AUGCCCGAGGAGACGUCGGUAGCUUCAUCAACUUCUUACGAGCCUGGGCCUGCCUUGGCUCUUGGUAUCACUUCUUAUCGCGCUACUCGGAAGAAAGGAAUCAUUCAGGUUGGUGCUGUAUACAACCUGAUUGCCCCCAGCCAUAGUGAACUUGAUCGACGCCGAUAA